AUGUCGAUGAAAAAGUCAAACCGCAAGGACGUCGACGACCUCCUCGCCGACCUCGACAACCUCGGCGCUCCCUCGACCCCGCACAACCCCUCCCACAGGGCCGCCUCCCCCGGUGCAACCACCGCCAACCCAGCCUCGUCGUCGGCCGCAGAAGCAUCCUCAAAGGCUCCCCAAGACGCCCAGAGCCUCCUCGACGACCUCGACAGCCUAGUGCAGAGCAGGCAGUCCUCCAGCAGCCGCGCCAGCAACCGGAACAAGCCAUCCACCCCGGCACCAGCCGCGCCCACUCACCCCGCAGCCACUUCCAAUCUUGCAAGCACCACCGCCUCCAGCCAAGCCGCCGUACCCGCCCCCGACCAAGCCAACUCCGAAGCGUCCACAGCUGCUGGACCCGCAUCCGAACCCGCCCCUGCUGCUGCUGCUGCCACAGGCGGAGGCUGGGGGGGCUGGGGUUCCUCGCUCUUCUCUCAGGCCACCAAGCUGGCCGACCAGGCCCGCGCAGAGCUCGAAAAGAGGGCCCCCUCCCAGGCAGAACAGGCACGGGAGCUGGGAAACCGCGGCUGGGACCUUGCCAAGGGCGUUCGCGGCUUUGUCAAGGACGCUGGCCUCGAAAAGUGGGGCGAGGAGGUGUCCAAGGUCGGAAAGCGCGGCUGGACCGACAUCAUCAACGCAGUCGCUCCUCCCAUCGCCGCCCACGAGGUCAUUCAGGUCACCCUCAGCCAUGACAUGGUCGGCUACGACGGCAUCGAGGACGUCACCUACCGCGUGCUCGCCAAAGUCAUGGAGCAGGUCGACUCCGACAACACCGAGCAGCAGCUCGUCGUCAACAAGGCGCCCGGGCAGUCGUCGGCCUCGCGCCCAAAGCAGGGCCAGGACCAGGAGCGCGACCUCAAUGCCGUCGAGGGCUUCGAGGCCGCCUUCCGCCUCGCCACCGUCAACCUCGACGAAAUCGUCAAGACGCACGAGGUCAAGCCACCCGCCGCAGAUGCGUCGACGGGCGCCACGCUGCCCAUCACGACGUGUCCCGUCUUUGUCCGCAUCCAGGCGUGCCUGUCUGCCCUCCCAGGGCUCUCCCCGAGCAGCGGCAGCGGCGAAAAGGGCAAAGCGGCGGCGUCCAAGGUCGCAGAGGCCGACGACAAGCAGCUAUUCUUCAUCGUGCUACUCAAGGACCCGCUCCACGGCCUGAGCCACAAGACCAUCAGCCAGGCCGUGCCCACCUCUUGGCUCGAGGUGCCGUUCGAGGAGAAUGCUUGGGUCGAGGAUUCGCUCGUGGACGUCAUCUCGACGGCGCUCAGCGUGGCGGGACAGGACUACGUCCAGGGCCGCAUGUCGGGCCGCACCGCCUCGACCAAGGACGGUCUGGCAUCGUCGUCGCUCGACGCUCCGGCAGCGACGACCGCCUGA